AUGGGGACAACGGUGCCCUGGGUUGUCCUGCUGCAACUGCUGUCCGUGCUCGUCCACGGCUACGACAACGUGGGAUUCGACGGCUGGUAUCAACCGGUUCCGCAUAGGCCGGUCGACAUCAUCACGGACGUUAUUAACGAUCUGGGCGUGCGGAUUCUCCAGCAGUACACCGGCCAGGGAAACGUGGCAUUCUCGCCGUCGGGGGUUGGCUUCGUUCUGGCGGCAUUGUACGAGGGUUCGGCGGGCAGGGGAAGGCAACAGAUCGCUGACGCGUUGGGCCUGCCGCGGGACCGAGACGUCACCCGGCUCGGUUUUCGCGACAUUCAUCGUAGACUUAGGACGUAUCUGAACGCUGAUGGGUUCCUCGGAGGUCUGACGCUCAAUCAGGAGAACACUAGGUUGCGUUCAGAGUACGAGGACAUCUUGAGAUUCUACGGGUUCGAUCUGUCUAUUCCCGACGAUACCAACGAUACCACGAAUUCCACGCCCCUGACGGACCAACCGGUGACGGAUGCAGGAACACCGGUUCCAGAAGCAACGACUAUGCCAGUAACGACUCCGCAACGACCGAUGCAAGAGACCACAAGCGAGGCAACCGUGUCGACAACACAGCCUGUCGAGCUACUCGGUAUGACGAUGAACACGGCGGACACGCAGGACAGGUUGACGCAAACUACUUCCGCGAGUACGAAUCCCAUGGACGCUACCGAACCCGCUACCUCAACCGACCGGUCCACGGUUUCAUCCAGGCCGAUGUCAUCGACGAUGUCAGAGAUCGCUACCACGAUAGCCUCUGCCAUUACCGAUGCAUCGCAGACGACUACUGUUCAACCAUCGACGGUGGCCGGUUCUACUCAAAGUGCAACAACCACAGAGUCCACAACCGUUUCCUCACCUUCGACCAGUUCUGACGCUACUUUGGCUACUCCUGGGACGUCUAUGACCACAGAAGCAGCUACGGAGUCUACAACCCGUGGACAGACGACUGUCGUCUUGGACAUAUCUAAUUCUGAUACUACAGAGACUGUGCCAGAGUCAAUAAUGACCUCAACGACGAUAGGGACUACCACCACUAUGGUGACUAUGUCGAUGGGAACACCCACCACGUCGAUGACUAUGUUAGCUUCCAGUACGGUUACGAGUCCGUCGAUUUCCAACGAAACGCAGGCGGAUCAAGGAACUAGCCCCACCAAUGGACCACCUGCCGAUGCGAAUACCGUUUCAACGGACUCGUCCAACGAUCAGAUAGCCCCUAGCGAGAUGGGAUCCACCGAUUCGCCGUCCACGACCGCUGCUACAAGUGAAACAGUGUCGAACGGCCAGACAACCACCGUGUCCUCGACUGCCACUGACGCGAUGACCAGGAGGAAGCGCAGUCUGAGGACACCCAGGGGAUUCUUCUCGAGUUAUCCAGACGAAGGAAUCUGGAUGCAAGACCUGGGCAUUUGGAAGCCUUAUCCGCCCAGUCUGACCGAGGCGUCCGUUAGGGACUCGACGGAGAUAUCGUUCUUGGUGAACGGCUGCGACGUCUCCUCCGUCACUGCUUCCAGAUACUUUGCUGUUCUGCCUUUCGCCUAUUUCCCAUCGCUGCACGCGGUUGCCGUUGAGUUUCCGUUGGACGAUCCCAGAUACAAUAUUCUCCUGCUUAUGGCCACGGACAGAAGGGACACGUAUCGAUUGGCACGCGAUCUCGGCGGGAAGUCGUUGAGGCUGUUGAGGAAGCAGUUACAGGCGACUUGGGUCAGGGCCACCAUUCCGUCGUUCAUGUUGCGCGGUUUCGUCACCUUGACGUCUUUCCUCCAGAGGCUGGGAAUCGUGGACGUUUUCGAGCCGAGGGCGGCUGAUCUGUCGCCAAUGACACCGGACCUGGGCGUGUACGCGAGGGACGUGCAGCAGAGCAUCGGCGUGAACAUCAGGAAUUACAUGAAACCGGAUAGGACCCACUCUCGCAACGGAUUAUACGAAAGAGCUGGACCAGUACCAUUCACGGCCGUCCAUCCGUUCCUCUACUUCAUCGUCGAUGCUGAAACCUCGGUGGCCUUGAUCGCCGGUCGAGUCAACGAUCCACUAAAUUCCCGAAUCCUCUAA